CAAGGCACACCCCUUUUUUCUUUCCCUAUUCCAUUGUCCCAAAAUGGCAGCCUCACUAGACAAACUGUUCUGUAGAGAGAUUGAAUUAGAGGAUGAAAGUGUCCUCAAAGUGUACCAAUGUGAAACAGGAGACGUGGGGUGUGUAGUUUGGGAUGCAGCAAUCGUCCUGGCAAAGUUCCUCGAGAUUACUGCCAGAAGUUCAGCCAAUAGCCAACAAAGACCAGGGACUUCAAAUUUUUGCAGUGUCCCACUUCAGAACAAGACUGUGGUGGAACUGGGGGCAGGAACUGGAAUUGUGGGCAUCAUGGCUGGAAUAUUAGGUGCAGAUGUAUGUAUUACUGACCUACAAGAGUUUGUCCCCCUCAUGGAUCUCAACAUCAAGGAAAAUGCUGAUAGAAUCCAAGGUUUAGUCAAGGCUUGUACAUUGAAGUGGGGAGAGGACAUCAUCUCAUUCCUACCACAUCCAGACUACAUCAUAUUCUCAGACUGCAUUUACUAUGAAGAGUCUCUGGAGCCUCUUCUAGACACCGUUUCAGCCUUAGCGGGAAGCAACACAGUGGUGCUGUGGUCUUACGAAGAACGAACAACGGGGAACAAACCAGAGCUACAACGGAGGUUCAUUGAAGCAGUCAGGAAAGACUUUACAGUUGAGGAAGUACCACAAGACAGUCUUCAUCCUGUGUAUAGAAGUGAAGAUAUACAUGUGCUGCGAAUGAAAAGGAAAAGUCAGAACAAGGAUUUAAUGGGCUAAAGACUAAAACAUACAAUGUACUACCAUAUUAAAAGCAUGAUGAACUGUGCUGCUCAGGAGACUGCCAGGCAAUGGCAUUAGCAGUUGUGUGAUACUCAUUCUAGUAGCUUAAAUUGAUACAAUUUGAUAAGUGAUGAUGUUAAAACGUUUGAAGUGCUUCCAACGCUCUGAACAAAGCCACUUGAUUCACAUGUUGGGUUCUGUGGUGACAUCUGUGCCAUAUGAUAUCAUGCACCUGUAAUGUUAGAUCUUGAUAGAGAAAUAUUUCAUGUCUCAAAUGUUUUGUUUAUUUAGAAAUAAACAUUUUGCAAACCGU